AUGCGUACCUCAUCCAUCAUCCUCGCGGCCGCGUCCGCCGCCUCCGUCCUGGGCGCUCCCCUCGAGAAGAAGGCCAACUACGACCCCCUCCCCGGUGGUGAUAUCACCAUCUUGAACUAUGCUCUUACCCUCGAGUACCUCGAGCGCAAGUUCUACGAGGAGGGCUUGAAGAACUACACCGAGGCCGACUUCUGCAAGUACGCCGGUGAGGUCGGCGAGAAGUUCUACAAGAACCUCAAGACCAUCUACGAGGACGAGAAGACCCACGUCGACUUCCUCAAGGGUGCCCUCGGCACCUCUGCCAUCCCCGAGCCUACCUUUGAUUUCCCCGUCGACGACGCCGACUCCUUCCUCGCCCUCGCCUCCGUCCUCGAGGGCGUCGGCGUGUCCGCCUACCUCGGCGCCGCCGCCGUCAUCGCAGACAAGACCUACGUCCCCGUCGCCGGCUCCAUCCUGACCGUCGAGGCCCGCCACUCCUCCUACAUCCGCGCCGCCCUCCGCCAGAAGCCCUUCCCCACCCCCUUCGACACCCCUCUCGACUUCAACCAGGUCUACUCCCUCGCCGCCCAGUUCGUCACCGGCUUCGCGCCCGGCACGCCCGCCCUGCCCUUCAAGGCCUUCCCCAAGUUGACCGUCUCCCCCACGCCCAGCUCCCACGGCGCUCUGUUCGAGGGUGCUUACAAGGCUGCUGUUGAUGCGCAGACUGUCCCCGCCGGAGCUACCGUUUACGCUGUCUUCUACUCUGGACUCGACACCUACUACGCCGAGGUUGCCGUCAGCGGUAACGACUACAUCGUCGAGCAGCUCCCCGAGGGUCCCGCUGGCCAGGUGUACUGCGUUCUCAGCACCGCUAACGGCAACAGCACCAAGGUCUCUGACGAGAACACUGUUGCCGGUGUCGCCAUCCUCGAGAUCGAGGAGGCCGACUGGUAA